AUGUGGCUUUACGAUAAAAAAUUAGUAAAUAGAGUUUCACUCCGACUUUCCGGAAUCAUUUCAUUUGUAGACAUUUUGUCAGGAGCUAUGCUUGUAUUUCUUCAUCGUAAAAAAGUUACAGUUUUUUCUGAUCGAUGGUAUAUACCUGUAGCUUUCUUUACUGCUUUUAUCAUAAAUAUUCCACCUUUAAUUUAUAAUCAAUUUGGGUUCGAUGGACAUUCAUGUCUUUAUCGUGAUCCUUUUGGAGAUAAGACACAAAUAUGGAAAUUGGCAACUUUUAUAAUUCCGGUAUCAUUUUCUAUGAUAUAUUGCACAUUAGUUCUCGCAAUUGUAAUAAUGAAAUUAAUUUUUGAACAUCGAAAAUUGGCUGAUGCAGUUCAAACAAAAAAAACCAAUAAUACAACUUUAAAUGCCAAAACUAAACGACAAAAAUUGCUCUUAUUGAAAUUAGUUAGUCGUAUUUCUUUAUAUGCUGCAAUUCCACUUGUGAAUAUUAGUGGUAUUGUUGUUGAAUACACUUGGUUAUUUAUUCAUAGAAGUGCUACAAUACCACCACCCGUUUCUUAUUGGGCAGUUAUCGGAUCUUGCCUUCCUGCUAUUCAUAAUGCUUUAAAAAAAGUUAAAAGAGAUCUUAUCGAUAAUUAUGGUUACGAAAGACAUGGAAUUUCUUUGAGUAGUCCACCUUCAUCACCAUCUUUCCCACCAACACCAACUAGUCCAUUUUUUAUGCCUCCAUCAUCUCCAACAUUUUUAAAUAAUUCUAAUCCAAAUUCACCUCUUUAUGGAUCUAACCCAACAUCACCUCGUACACCUGGAAUGCGUAUAUUGAUACCACCUUAUUCACCAAAUAGAUCCGGUCAUUCACCACUUCAAUCUACUUUUUCACCACUUAGAUCUAGAUUUGAUCCAAAUACUACUCGAAAUAAAAUGAAUCAAAAUCGACCUAUAUUACGAUGGUUUGUUAGAACUUUUUUAGAUAAACAAAAACUUCCUGUAUUUCCAAAUGGUCUAUCAGAAAGUUCAGGAUCAGAUCGUGGACAUGCAUAUAGUUCAGCUACAGCUAAUUCAGGAAUUUUAUCAGGUCAAAGUUAUGGACAAAAUUAUCGUAAUGGAGAAACACGCAGAUUUAUGUAUGAUAUGUAUAACAAUGCAAGUGAUAAAAGAAAAAAAACAUUUAUGAAGCGUAUAUCACGUGUCUUAAUUACACCUACAGAAGAAUCAUUUAAUGAAUUGGAUUUUUCAAUAACAGCAUCUACUGAAACAGUACCAAAACGUUUUAAAGAUAUACCAAGAGUAGUAUAUGAACAUAAUUAUGAUAGUAGUGGAUCAUUUUUAUUUCCUCCUGUAGCGGGAAAUACUACUAUAAAUAUUCAUGUACAUCAAUAUCCUUCAAACACUAUUAUUGAAGCAGGGCCUUCACGGUAUAUCAGUCAUCGUAGAUCCGACUCAAAUGAUUCAACAUUAUCAAGAGAUUCAAUUGAUAAUGAAUUAUCAGCAUAUUAA